GCCCAUUUUAUCAGAAAGAUAUUAUCUUGAAUAUAUUUUAUUACUGGAAAAACUGGGAAAACUGGAGAUCGAUAGACAGGACUGAUAUGAAAAUAUCACACGACUAGAUUAAUUUAUGGUCUAUUGUACCGUACGUAACAAGAAUAAUUAUCUUCCUUUCUCAAUCGCUUCAGAAGCCAACAUUAUCAUUUUACAUAUUAUUAUGAUAUUAUUUACUAUCAUUAGCCGUAAUUGCUCAGAAUUUGUUUCACGCAAUUACCUUGGACGAUCUAUCGUUUUUAAACUGCCCGCCGCGCCGGCGCGCUCCGCGAUAUUGAAAAAUGGCGGAUUUGCAUUGUAUAUUUUGUGUGGAGUACAGUCUGCAUUGAAUCGCUCGUGAUCAGCUGACAUACGCACGCCGGUCGUUAAAAAUAAACAAAGCAUGAGUAAAUAUUCAUACAAAUUCAGACUCGAGAAGAUAGUGAAAAGUAUUCGUGAAGAAUGGGAGUAACAGGGUUGUGGAGGUUGAUCGAUGCUUCGGGGAAGCCUGUGCCUCUGGAAUCGCUGGAGGGAAAGGUCCUAGCUAUCGACAUUUCCAUCUGGAUCUAUCAAGUCCUACAGGGCUAUCAAGAUAAAAGGGGAAAUUCUCUACCCAAUGCUCAUCUUCUGGGUCUUUACAAUCGAAUAUGCAAGCUUCUGUACUUCAAAAUAAAGCCAGUAUUUGUAUUCGAUGGAGGUGUUCCAUUACUCAAGAAGAAUACAAUUGCAGCUAGAAAAAAGCAGAAGGCCCUCGCCUCUGGCAAGGCCGAGAAGAUAAAGAGCGAUCUGCUGCUGAAUCUGAUGAAGCACAGUCUUGUGAAAAAUGUUUUCACCAAGAAAGUUCCUGGGGAAGUCGAGGUAUCGACUGCGAACCCUCUCAGAACUGUCGACGAUAUGUUCAAGCUGCCAGUGGCCCCUCCUCUGGCCCUUGACUCCACCUCGGAUGACACCGAAUCCGACUCAGACGAAUUGAGUCCUCGUAAGCAAUCAAAGUGGCGGGGAAACAUUCACACUGUUGACAUAACAUCAGAAGACUUCAGAAAUCUUCCCCCGGACGUUCGCUAUGACAUUCUGACUGACCUGAAGGAGACGAGAAAACAGAACUCGUGGGGUCGUUUGCACGAGAUCCCAGAGGAGUCCAAUCAGUUCGCGAAUUAUCAGAUGAAGAGACUGUUGAAGAGGCGACAAGUACAAGAGAGUUUGGAAGCUGCUGAGCAGGAGAUGGGAGGUAAGAAUCUCACUCUCGAUGAGCUGGAGAAAAUCAUGAGUGACCAGGGAGUGGACACCAAGUCCAGGGACCUGGCGUACAGGAUAGCAUCUGACGAUGUCACGAGGCUGAUCUACAUCAGUGACCCCAAGAGUCUGACUGUUAGGAGAGAUGACUCGGGGAUUGUCUCUGAUCUCAGUCAGCCCAGUUGCUCUCGGGAGCUGGAUCAGGAUGAGGGGCUAACUGUUAUUCCUGAAGAGCCCUCUUCGGUGGUCGACGACAUUGAAGAGUAUGAUCUUGAUGACUGGGACUCUGAUGUCGAGGUGAUCAGUUCUUCAACAGCAAAGAGAUUCUUUGGAAAGGUUACGAAGAAUCCAGCACUUGCUUACAUGGUGGAGAACAGCGAGCUGUCCCAGGAGCAAAUUCUGGCGCUUAUUGAACAGAGCAAACUGAGUUUGAAGAAGGCAAAGGCCGAGGAGAGGGCAAAGAGAAAACAUCCUGAAGAGAAAGGGGCCUCGAAGAAGAAGAAGGAGAGCUUUGACCUGCAGCAGUUCAUCGAGGUCAAGGAGGAAAUGGAAGAGAUUUCCGAUGGAGAAGAUUAUGCUGAUGAUUUUUCAGAGGAGAAGGCGGUGAUGGGGGUUGAACAGGAGAAGAGAAUAACUGGAGGCUCGGAGUCUGAUGAUUCUGAUGAUUUCAUAGAGGUGCAGGACGUGGAGACUCCGGUAUUCACGGCUGAGAAGAAGAUGGAGAUUGUUAUAAAGGUCGGGGAGGGUGUGGGGGUCGAGGGAGAUGAUCUUUUUGCUGAUGUGUUUGAAGGGAAGAAGGAGAGGUCUUCUGAGUUGGAGAGUGAGGACAGUGGUAUUGAGAAGAGUCAACAGCUGCAGGAUUUGUCCAAAAUUUCUGAUGGGCAAUCAAAUAUGCAAGAGCAGGAAGUAGAACUUCUUGGUGAUAACAAAAGCAGUGAGGUUUUGAUUGCCGAGGAAGUAAGAAUAACUCAAAAAAUUGACGCUGAUGAUCUGAAAAAUUCAACCACUUUGAAUAAUCUUCAAAAAAUUGUUGAAGAGAGCAAAAAAAAUACUGAACAAGGAGAAAGUAUCUCUCAACGAACUCCUGACGUUGAGAUCUCCCGAAAGACUUCUGGAGGCCUUCAGACACAAAUCGAACCUCUACAUUCAUCAGAUAGUCAACAAAAUCUUCGUGAAACCAAUCUUAAUAGUAACUCCCCCACCACAAAUCAGGAAAACCCUCCUGAACCUUCUAAAUCUCCUCUUAAAGUACCAAAAGCUCCGGAAACAGAUUCUCCACGAAAGCCCUCUGACAGGAUAACAUCCGUCCUGACCCGUCUAGCCUCAGAAAAGUCCGAACUGCUCUCGAAAGCCUCCAACCAGGAGCAGCUCGAGGACCUCAGAACACAACUGGAAACCGAGACUGAAGAGCUGAAGCAGAGCAUUGGAAAACUCGAUCGACAAUCCAUAGAAGUGACCGAGCAAAUGCGAUUAGACGCUCAGGAUCUCCUCCGUCUCUUCGGAAUCCCUUACCUAGUGGCCCCGCAGGAAGCUGAGGCCCAGUGUGCCUACCUUGAAAGCAUCAAUUUGACGGACGGCAGCAUCACCGAUGACUCUGACAUCUGGCUAUUCGGGGCGAAGUGCGUCUACAGAAACUUCUUCAAUAAUGCAAAGAAAGUCAUGCAGUACUCGUCGAAGGAUAUUGAACAUCAUUUCAAGCUGACGAGACAGCAGAUGAUUCAGCUGGCACUCCUGGUGGGAAGUGAUUACACGGUCGGAAUUCCGGGGAUUGGCCCAGUCACUGCGAUGGAGAUUCUCGCGAGUUUCCCCGCCAAUGGGGAUGAUCUCCUCAGGGGGUUAACGAAUUUUUCCGUCUGGAUGAGAGGAGGGAGAAUCGUAGGCCCUGGCCGAGCCACCCUGAGGAAUAAAUUGAAGAACGUCAAUGUGGACAGGGGAUUCCCAAGUCAGGCGGUGGUUCAGGCGUACCUGUUUCCAACUGUUGACGAGAGUAAAGAGACUUUUUCCUGGGGAAAACCGAAUCUCGUUCUGCUGGCGGAUUACACGAGGAAAAAAUUCGGCUGGACUAGAUCGAAAUUCGACGAGAUAAUGACGCCUGUGAUGAAGAGGUUGGAGGCCAAGUCGCAGAAGCAUUUAAUGUCCUAUUUUAAAGUUAAGAGUGUGCCCAAGCCGAUUGAACAGGGGCUGAGCAAGAGGUUGCAGAAGGCCGUGGAGAUGAUGGGAAAGGAUCCUGAUGACGAUGACCCCUGUGGCGACGAGGGAGAGGAGGUUGUAAAGGCCCUCAGGAGGAAAAGGAGACGACCAAUGACGAAAGACAAACAGGAUGAACCUCUGGAUAAUGAUGGGCCAGUCGAGGAGGAAGCUCAGAAGGAAGAAAUAAAGACAGUCGUGAAAGCUGCCCAGGAAGUAAUCCCCCAGAGGGAGAGAGACAAACAAAACGCGCUGGAUAAGAAGUUGAAAGCCAUUGAAGUGUUCAGAAAGUCUAGGAAAGGACCUGGCAAGUCCAGGAAUAAAAACACUCGUCCGAAAAGGAACGUCGUUCAGAAGGAGGCGAAGCUUUCCGAGAGCAGUAGUGAUGGCGAGUGAAUGAAGUUCUAAUAACCAGCAACAUCUCCUUGCCGGCGAUAAUCCGAGUUGGCAGUUAUUCCCUCGUGAUUGAGUUUAGAAACCGCACAGAUUGCACUCCCGAUUCCAGAGAAAUAAGACGUAUUAUGACCGAGUUCCAUCAGAUGCUUGAGGAGAGGUUGGGAGAAGCCCCUCUCCACGUCGAUUCUCAUCGGAAGGACCUGGUGAUGGAGGCGUUUAGCGUCCACAGCUUCUUUUAUGUUGUAGCCAGUCCAGAGGUUCAAGACCAUCGACAGGGCAACCGCACUCGGGAUCUUCGAACCCCCAGCUGCUCCAAUCACCAAUUGUACCUCCUUUUUCGAAUUUAUCUGGUGAAAAAAAAUCUGUAAUUUACAUAUUUCUAUUUUGGGGAAUUUAUUUGAAUAAUUUAUCUAGACCCCAAUCACAACCAAUAAUUGAAAUCAACAGAGGAUCGUUCAUUAAAUUUUUUACGCCUCA